UUUUUCGCCUCCCCCGCCCAAGGGCCGGAUGGGGUCUCCGGGAGCUGGGUUUGGUUCCCGCUGCUGUCAGACCGUUUCGUUUUGCCCAAGGACUUAGUGGUCCUAGGGUGGGCUCGCCGCGGCCCCCGGCUCAGUCCGGUAUCAGCCUUCGGGAAGCUGAGUGAAUUCCUCGGUCUCUUAGCAACGAGGGACGGGCUGCGGACUGAGCGAGCGGCGGCGGCUCAGCCCAAGCUGCCCAGGCGCUAGCCGGAGCUCCGAGCCCGGCCCAAACGGGAGCCUAAACCCGGAGCUUGGAAGAAUAAGCAGGAAAUGGCGGACGAGGCGUUGUUUUUGCUUCUGCAUAACGAGAUGGUGUCUGGAGUGUACAAGUCCGCGGAGCAGGGGGAGGUGGAAAAUGGACGCUGUAUAACUAAGCUGGAAAACAUGGGGUUUCGAGUGGGACAAGGAUUGAUAGAAAGGUUUACAAAAGAUACUGCAAGGUUCAAGGAUGAGUUAGAUAUCAUGAAGUUCAUCUGUAAAGAUUUUUGGACUACAGUAUUCAAGAAACAAAUUGACAAUCUAAGGACAAAUCAUCAGGGCAUCUACGUACUUCAGGACAACAAAUUUCGCCUGCUUACUCAAAUGUCUGCAGGAAAACAGUAUUUAGAACAUGCAUCAAAGUACUUAGCAUUUACAUGUGGCUUAAUCAGAGGUGGCUUAUCAAACUUGGGGAUAAAAAGUAUUGUAACAGCUGAAGUAUCUUCAAUGCCUGCCUGUAAAUUUCAAGUGAUGAUACAGAAGCUAUAGAAACUACUGAAAUGCAAGGCUUCAAUAGUGUAAAGAGAUAAAUUAUUCCUGUAUAAAUUAUUUCAAGUAGCAAUGAUUUAAUUACAUUGUUGGACAUUUGUAUUGAUAUAAGCUAUUUGCUAACUUAUAUAAUGAAAGAUGCACUCUUAAGCAGGAGUAAGGGUGUAUUUUAUCAAUUUAAUAGCACAGACCUUAAAACAGGUAAAGACACAUUCUACUGUAACAUACACUUUACUGAAACUAUUCAGAAUGAAAACCUAAUUUCAAAUAAGUAAACACCAAUGCAGGACCCUUAUUUAAACAUUCUUAUUUGCUUAGUGAUAUGUAUUUAACCAGAGAUGAAGAAACAAAACUCAGGGUUUGGUAAAUUAGCAUAAAGAAAGUAUGUACCAAUCAGAAUCUUUUCGGUAAGAAUGAACAAAUUUUGGUUUUGUCUUAUGAAUUUGUUUUAGUUAUUUAAAAAAAGCAAAGAGUACAUUAAAAUUUAAACUUAAUUAUUAUUUUAUUGCUUAUAAUUUAUUUCUAUUAAGAAUCUUUAUGCUUGUAUAAGGAUUUCAUUAUAUACAUUGUGUGUGUGUUGUGUAUGAUAUAUAUAUCAUAUUUAACUGCCUAAAUUGCUUAAAAACUUUAUUUCACUUUAAUAGAAUUCAGUUCUUGAGAGCUCCAUUAAUGUAAUGAAGUGAAAUAUAGAUCUAGAUAAAGUGAGAUAUAGAUGUGAAUUCAGUGACUCCAGGGCCAAAGAAUAUUAGGUAUUUGAGGAAGGAAUUUUUAUACUUCUUGUUAUCAGUCUUGACUUUCAGUUUCUCUCUCCAUGUGUGGAAGUGCUGGUGAAGAUUCUAACAUCUU